UAAUCUCGACAGCCGUUCACGAUCCUUCCCACUGGGCUGGCAUGGUCCGGACCAAAGCAAGAAAAUCUCUUGCUUUGACGGUCACCGUGAUGGUAGAUCUACUGUAGCCCAGGGCCAGGCCCGAGUCGUGCGGAAAUGUGGACCAUUUCAAGUUCGUUGCUUGGAGGCUGCCGGAAACCAGAUGAGAAAGUUCUUAUUCGGGAGGCUUUAUGAAGCCUUCAUCAAACUAGUGGAAGGGAGCAAAGCAGCUUUGCAGGUAUGGAUGAGUCGACGCCUCUCCUUUCACUUUCCUCCGAGUCCCGUUUGACGGUUUCAAGCCAGUGGCGGCACGGGCAGUCACUUUCUAUGAGUAGUUUUGUUGACGUUGCAGCGGAAGAUCAUGCUGAUGAAGAGUCCCCGUCGACACUAGUACCAGCUGGCCGGAACCGGCGAGGGAUCAUCGCGCCGGGAAAGAUCACCUUCGCACUCCAUCCCAGAUUGGGCAUCCACUGUAAGCUGAGCGCCGUGGCGGUGAACAUUGCGCUAUCGGUGCUCCUAAUUGUAACACAGGUCAGCAUGACCGUGACAUUGCCAAUGUUCGCCACGGCACUGAAGACACGCAUUGUGUGCGGUAGACCGAGGGCGGUGGGUGAUUUCUACUUUCUCUUGGUGUUCAGUGCGUUCUGGAUGACCACUGUGUAUGGACUCAUGGCUGUUCUUUUACGCGCGCUUAACCCACAGUAUCCACUUGUUGGCUCCUGGCAAGUACAGAAGUAUUUUGCGCUACUUGGAGCAGCUAAUACUGUUAACGGUCUGUUAGUUGCGGCCAGCAGUUCAGAAGACCGCACGCCUGUGUUUCUGCAGCCGGUCCUGCAGACAGCUCUGAUCCCCUUCACCGUGCUCAUGAGCUAUCUGCUCCUGGGCAAGCGGGAAGGAUCGGCGCGUCUCAUUGCCUGCUUGGCCGUGGUCGUGGGCGUCAUUGUGUCCGCGGAGCCCGUCAUGUUCAACAUUGACGGCUUGGGACGUGGUGUCGCUGACGCACGGCCGGGUCACACAUCAUCGCUGGUGCACGUUGCGUGGAGCUGUGUCUAUCUGCUUGGCUACUUGCCCAUAGCGCUAGCAGUAGUCGUGCAGGAGAAGCUACUCAAGAUGAAGGAAUGGCGCAAACCGCACGCCAACGGCAGCACUGCAUGGUGCAAAGCGAAACGUGUCAAAACAAUACAGCUACUGUUCUGGGCCAAUCUGUGGACCUGCGGUCUGUAUGCAGUUAUGUUCUGGGCGGAUUUCAUCCCUGGCUUUGGCACCGUCAGCACACUUAGCCAGUUCAAAAAUCACAUUGAUGACGGUUUCAGGUGCAUGAUGGGCGUGCCCAGGGGUCCAGGAGCAAUGUACAAUGAGAGUGGAAACUGCCAGCAGGCUGGAGACCUACCCAAUGCGGCUGAGCUCAAUCCUGACCCACAUUGUUCAUUGCCUGCAUACUACGGCUGGGUGUUCACAUGCUCACUUAUCGGCUGCACCAUGUCCGCUCCACUGCUGAUCAAAUAUUCCAGCGGCGCAGUGUAUUUGGUGGUGGUUGAAGCUCUCGUCACACCGCUGGGUGCAAUAUUCUGGUUCCUAUUUCAAUUGGAUCCCCGUGCGCGCGUACACUGGAAACCCACCUAUCACCGACAUGGGUCCAUGUUUACACUGGCUGGCCUUCUCGUUGUCAUGCUGGCCGUUGUAUGCUAUGAAGUGAUUGGUCACAGGCAAACAAAGCAGGCGGGGACCUUGUCGCCAGUCCAUACCGGCAGCACAGAUCUCUAGUCCUGACCUAACACUGCUUGCUGCACACAAGCCAUGGGAACUCCGGCCUCAUACGCCGGUUAGCACCUUCCUCCAGUGCA